GGAGAACAUGGGGACCCACCCUCUGAAGUCUUUUCCCCAGGAUGUAGUGACCUUCCCUGAUGUGGCCGUGAGCUUUUCCCCAGAGGAGUGGCCCUGCCUGGAUACCUCUCAGAGGAAGCUUUACAGAGAUGUGAUGCUGGAGACCUUCCAGCACCUGCAGGCCAUAGGGGCAGGGCAUUGUGGGGUGAAGCCUGCGCUGAUCUCCUGGUUGGAAGGAGGAGCCCUUGGUAGGCUGCAGAGAGGCGUGUUUGCAGAAUGCAGACCACCAGUUCAGAAUUCCACCUUUCAACAAUUUACUUUUGAUACAGGAUCUCCAAAGAGGAAUGAGAUGGGAAGCAGAAAGCCUCGCUGGGUCAGAAGUGAUACUGUGCUGUGGGACAGAGUCUCUAGGGAACUACCCUGCUCGAAUCUUGAUGGGAGUGAGGACUCAGUGAUCAUCUGUUCUGUGGGAACCCAGAGUGAAGAGAGCAUCCUCGCUGUGGAGACCCGGUCCAUUGAUCACAGCACUGCUGAGUCUCCUUCGCCCAGUCCCUGGACUCAGACCUCCACAGUGGGGUCACCGUGGGCCAAGCAACCAAAAGUGUUUGAUCUGAGCUCCUCAUGUCAAAAGCCUCUCAAACAUAUUCUUUAUAGAGUGGAGCCCCCCAGGUGUAAGCCAUGUUUGGGGGCCUUCCCAUGUGCUAAGCACCAUGAUGUGCCCUCAGACACCCCUGUGACACAGGAUCCCUCUGAUUGUCAGCAAAGUGGACACACUCUGAGUCAACCAUUACACCCGAGUGAUCCUAAGGAAGUCCAGACAGGAAACAAACAUCAUAUAUGUCCCAAGUGUGGCAAGGCUUUCAUUCACUCUUCAGCCCUUACCGUACACAAGAAAAUUCAUAAAGGAGAGAAGCCUUAUACAUGUCAGGAAUGUGAGAAGUCCUUCGCUCAUCCUUCACACCUUAUUAGACACAUGAAUAUUCAUACUGGAAAGAAACCUUAUUCAUGUCAGGAUUGUGGGAAAGCCUUCACUCAAUCAUCAACCCUUUCUGGACACAUGAAAAUUCAUACUGGAGAGAAGCCUUAUUCAUGUCAGGAGUGUGGGAAGGCCUUUUCUCAUACCUCCAACCUUACUAGGCACAUGAAUACUCAUACUGAUGAGAAACGUUAUUCAUGUCCAGACUGUGGGAAAGCCUUUAUUAAAUCCUCACAACUUACUAUGCACAUUAAAAUUCAUACAGGAGAUAAGCCUUAUUCAUGUGAAGAGUGUGGGAAGGCCUUCUCUCGUCCCUCACAGCUUAUUAGGCAUAUGACUAUCCAUACUGGAGAGAAAGCUUAUUCAUGCCAGGAGUGUGGGAAAGCCUUCACUCAAUCCUCAACUCUUUCAGGGCACAUGAAAAUUCAUAGUGGUGAGAAGCCUUACUCAUGUCAGGAAUGUGGGAAGUCCUUCAAUAGAUCCUCACAUCUUACUGUGCACAUUAAAAUUCAUAAAGGAGAGAAGCCUUAUUCAUGUCAGGAGUGUGGGAAGGCAUUUGUUCAUUCCUCGACGCUGACUACGCACAUGAAUAUUCAUACGGGGGACAAGCCCUAUACAUGUAAGGACUGUGGCAAGACCUUCUCUCGAUUCUCAACCCUUUAUGUACACAAGAAAAUUCAUACAGGAGAGAAGCCUUAUUCAUGUCAGGAGUGUGGGAAGGCUUUUGCUCAGUCAUCAAACCUUACUACACACAUGAAUGUUCAUGCUGGAGAGAAGCGUUAUUCGUGUCUGGAAUGUGGAAAGGUUUACACUUUCUACUCAAGCCUUCAAAAACAUAAGCGAAUUCAUUCUGGAGAGAAACAUGCAAAGCAUAAGGAGUGUGGGAAGGCCCUCACUGCUGUUCAAACCUUUUCAUAGAAAA